AUGGCUUCUGGCCGAGAUGGAUCUGUAGCACGAGACACAGGUGUGUGUGACGGGUGUGCGCGACCGGUGUUGUGUGUGUGCUGGGGUUACGUAUGCAAGCUGGUCUUACCACCUAGACACAGCACUGACAACACUGGCGGUGUUCAUGUUUGUUGUGCGUUUUACAAUCACAAGCCACCCUCACUAACCCAAGUUUCAUUCUGUCAACCAUGCCUGUCCAAACCCACAAACCUACAGGGCUUGUCGGCGACUGACAAGAAGAAGGUCGAGACCUUGCGCCUGACUGACGCAGAUUGGGAGACUCUGCAUGCUGUCAAGGCAUUCCUCAGUCCAUUCGCCAGAAUCUCGAAGGCAGCGGAGGGGGCAGCGUACCCUACAGUGUCGAUGGUCGUGCCGUACUACAACGGCCUGAUCGACGCUUUGGAGGCGCGCCUUGCGAAGGGGCCAUCGGCUGCGCUGAAGCCGAUGAUCGAGGCGGCGUCGGGGGUGCUGAAGAAGUAUGCGUACAUGUCCUCCAACGAGCUGUGGAUCGCCACCUUCUUGGACCCGUCCAAAAAAGCGGCGUGGUUUGAUGACGCGCACUGGGAGUCGCAGCAUCCCGAGACCGAGCCGAGGGUGAGGCCGCGUCCCACUUCUAGCGAGGUGGUCCAGCUGGUACGCGACCGCGUGGCCGAGUACCAGGCCCGGGCUGCAGCGCUAGCCCCCCGGGCGCCCCCACUUGCCACCGUGACGGAGGAGGAGGAGGGUGACGCAGCGGACGACGACGAGGAUGCGCAGUAUAUCCCUAGUCGCCGUCGACUUGCAGCGCGUCUCUCAGCGAGCCAGCAGGCGGGGAGGGGCGGGAUGCUACAGGAUGACGAGGUUAGCAGGUACCUGUCGGAGCGGGUUCGGGAUGACGUGACGGCGUUGGAGUACUGGCGCACGGCCACCAACGUGCAGACGCUUAGGCGCAUGGCUCGUGAUUAUCUCGCGAUCCCUGCCAUUUCCGCAUCGAGCGAGCGGGUGUUCUCCCUUGGCUGCAACGUCAUUUCCUGGAAGCGACACCGCCUGGCCUCCCAGAGAACGCGAGCUAUCAUGUUGGGCCAGCUCUUCCCUGGUGCUGACCAUGUGGCCCAUGAAGAGGGCAUUGCGGCGCGGCGAGCUUCGGAGGAGGAGCGAUGGCAGAAGGCCAUGGACGACCUACGUGCUGCAGAGCAGCAGUCACCAACAGAACGUCGUCACCCGACUUGGGUGCCAGUUGAUGCGGAUGCUGGCGCUGCGAGUGACGGUGAAAGCGGUGGCGAGGGUGGGAGGGGCCGUGUGGGACAGAAGAGAGCACGUCAUCUCGGUAGCCAUUUCCGCCUUGUGCGGGACCUGCUGUCUGCGGCCGAGACUGCUAAGGCUCAGUUGCAACAGCUACUGACAGGCGAGGGUCCGGCGGGGCGGGUGACACUCACCACGGACAUAUGGACCAGUCAGAACAACGUCGCCUUCAUGGUGGUGAUUGCUCACGGAGUCACCUCAGACUUCCAACUGCAGCAGAUCGUGAUCGACUUCCGGCCGCUGGAGGGCCGUCAUACGGGGGAUAAGAUUGCGUCCGGGCUGGAGGAGGUCAUAGGGGAGUGGGCGUUGGGUGGUGGUGAAUUCUUCGGCGUGACGACGGACAACGUCGAGAACAACAACCGGGCGGUUCGUCUGCUGGUCGGCGUCGCUGACGACACACCGGGGUCACGUCCGCAUGACCCCCCCGUCAUGUCCUUGGCUCUGCACUUCAAGUAA